AUGGCAGAGAUCGUCGCGGCGGUCGUCGGGGAGGCCGUGAACAGAGCCGCCUCGUUCCUGCUGGACAAGAAGGAGGAGGAGAAGAUUGACACGAGAGAGUCCAUUAGCCAAGAAGACAUCGAGCGGCUGGAGCUGGCGCAGAUCAGAAUGGAGGCUGCACUAGAGGCAUCUCGCCGGGGGAACAUCGCGGACGCCUCGCUGCUCCGCUGGCGCCGGAAGCUGAAGCACGCCGCUGCCGAGUGCGGCAGGUCUCGCAACGACGCCAUUGAUCAUCACGCCAAGGAGAUGGAGCAGCAGCAGAGCCAGGAGGCAGUCAUGAGAAACCCGCUGCCAUCCUUCUUCCCUAGGCGGAUCGCUCUUGUUGCCAGAUCAUGCAUAUCCUCUCUUGGCAACUACUACUGCACGAUCAGAAACGGCGGCAGUGAGGCGUCCGCCGGUAGCACCGCCGCCGUCAGGAGGUUUGAGAGGCUCGCGGACAGCGCCGUUGAGUUCAUCCGAUUCGUGGAACUAGCCGGCGGCAGCAGACCUCGGCAGCGCAUGUUCAUGGACCCUCUCAUCAGGCAUCUUCUGGCAGGCAGAGAGAUCAACUACGAGCUGGGGUCCCCGCGAGGAUCGUCUCACCGCCAGUUCUUCGGGAUCCGGCCCAUAAGUUUCGAGGAGCGCGGGGUGGAAGCCAAGCUAUGCUACGAUUACCAAGACCACAAGGCUAGGGAGAAGAGCUUCCGCCUCGGCACAAUGCUGCGGCUCUCUGAGAGCACAGACAUAAUCGGGACCAUAAUCAACUGCUUGCAGCUGGUUACAGCUAAAGUGCCCCACUUUAAGCCGUCCGCCGAAGCCGCCAUCAGAGAGAUCACGCAGCUGCCCACACAGGACUUCUCGUGCAACAAGCCUUACGUCGUCUCGGACGACACCGAGCACUGGAACUACCACAACAUCUUGACCGAGUGGUUCCGCCCGGACCCGCUGUGCUGCAAAGAUCGAUGCGGGCAUACAUGGGUGCCGUCAUCAGAAGGGUCGGCAGAAUUGUUCCCAGAACCGGUUAUAGAAUUGUUUCUGCAAGGGAACAUGUGGGUAUGUGCCGGCCAGCAAGGGGAAACUAGAACUACUGAGAAUGGAUCAGGAGCUGGUAUUGUUGUUCCGGAGAAGAGGCAGCUUCUGAAGCUGGGGGCUCUCUUCACGCCCCAUGCCUCUCCAAAGAAUUCAGGACAAGGAAGGUGUAGCACUGCAGUGGAGGAGGUGGUCAAUGGCGGGCAGGGCAGACACACUGGCAAGCAUAGAGGCGUCAGUUGGGAGGAGAUGGACAGGUUUCUGCUGCCAAAGGCAAUGGAGUAUCUGCGUGGCGACGUCGAAGCGACGACCUACCAGCUGUUCUGGGAGUCUGGGCAUGGCACGCUGCAGCUCUCGGUGGAGAAGGUCGGCACAAGGGUGCCAAGCAGAAGCAGGGCUCGCGGCAGCAGAAGUAUGAGCCGCACAGGUGGUAUGAGAAACACAAUGGUGGGGAUUCAGCGUCAGGUAGAAGCUCCGAAGCUAGGGCGAUGGAAGGAGAGGAAACAGAUCGCCGUUGACCUCCUCAAGUCAUGGGCUGCUUUUGCACCGGAUCAGCUGCAGGGACCAAUCACGACAUGGAUCCAGAGAAUGGACAUCACACAGUCCAAGGGUGAUGUUAGGUCUGGCUCUACAUGA